AUAAUAAUAAGUAUUCUACUAUGAAAUUAUGUAAUACAUAAGUUAUUGGUAAUCUGUUACAGUUUAGCAGUUGAAACAUUCUUUUUGUACUCGAUAUGUUUCAGUGUAUUUAAAUCUUAAUUCAUAAGUCUUCUUCUGUUCACCGUUAUACAAUGUAUGCGUUUCAUUAUUUCGUUAUCAAUUAAUACAAGAUGAAUUUUGGAACCUGUAAAUCUGAAAGGUGAAAAACUUGGACUCUAUUUUUCAAUUAUGAGUUGAAGGCGAUCAUCUCGGAGAAACAUAAGAUUGCACAUACGUUCCAGGCACACAAUUUUAUUUUUUCCAUAACUCGAUCGCCAUGUCAAGAAAUACAUGUGUUUCAAUAAUUUUCUUUGCACUUCUCAGUGUCAUACAAUGUAAUCAUUCCCCUGUGUUCGAUUCCAACUUGGAUAAUACUGUGAUCCUAGAAGAUACACCUGUGGGGGCGAUAAUUGGUACAUUGAGUGGUACUGAUCCUGAAGGUUCAGAAUUACGAUAUGGGAUCGAAAAUACAGAUUUUUUUUCCGUUGAUCCUAUCACGGGCGAAGUGAAACUAAAAAAAUCUCUGAAUAGAGAGGCUAAUGCGUCCAUGCAAGUCGUCGUUACUAUCGAAGAUAAGGUCGAAGGAGCCACAAAUAAUAUUGUUCGAGAAAGAAUUAAUUUCAUUAUUGAAGACGUGAACGAUAACGCUCCAAUAUUCAUAAAGACUCCAUAUAAAAUCCCAGUACCUGAAGAUACACCUGUAGGUAGUACUAUAUUUGAGAAUAUCAUCGUCGAAGAUGCAGAUAUUGUCGGUGAUUCUCUUGAAGUAACGUGUAAAGAGACGACCCAUCCUAACGCAUGUAAAAUAUUUGAAAUCGUCAAUUUGAACAGCAGUGAAAGUUAUUUUCAAGGAGCAAUAGUAUUGAAGGGGAAGUUGAAUUAUAACGAUAAAGAAAUCUUCGAAUUUCUGUUAGAAGCCGCUGAUGGAAAAUAUAGAUCCAAUACAACUUGUGAAAUACGCGUUUUGGAUGUGCAAAAUUCACCACCGAUAUUUCAAAGUUCAUUGACCGCUAUUGUCGAAGAAGAUGCUCCUAUUGGAACACGUGUAUUGACUGUGAAAGCUAAAGAUGGUGAUAGAGGAGCUCCCAGAGCUAUAGAUUAUGAUCUCAUUAGCAAUCCUUUUGAUUUUUUUCAAAUUGAUCGCAACAGCGGAGAAAUUCGUACUGCCAAAUUUUUAGAUAGAGAAGCUGUGAGCGAUACUAACGGCGUAGUAUCGUUAACCGUCAAAGCUCGUGAAAUCGUCGAUGUAACUCCGUCGAAUGAUGAUAACGCUAGUACCACUGCCAUUGUAUCAAUUACUAUUCGAGAUGUGAACGAUGAAGCCCCUACGUUCAAUAAAAAGGAAUAUCACGUCAAUAUAACGGAAAAUACGCCACCAGGUUCACCGUUACCUAAUUUAGACAUGAGAGUUACUGAUGUUGAUAUUGGAAAUAAUUCAGCAUUCUCAUUACGUUUGAAUGAUAUUUCUGAAGCAUUCACGAUCGAACCUACGUCUGCCUUAGGAUCCACUUCUGUUAUCGUUCGAUUAGCUAGUAAUGGUUCAUUAGAUUAUGAAAAUCCUAAUCAAAGGAAAUUCAUUAUAUUGGUGAUAGCUGAAGAAAAUGGCACAUCGGUUAAACAUUCAUCUACAUCGACUAUCACCGUCGAAGUGUUGGAUGUAAAUGAUAACGCACCUAAAUUUGAAAAUUCAGCUUAUAAAGCCACCGUUAAUGAAUCCGCUUUACCUGGCACUAUUGUAACCACAAUAACUGCAAGUGAUAGAGAUAGCGACAUUUAUGGAAAAAACAGCAUUGUUUAUGAACUUGUUGGCGAUGGCGCAGAUAGAUUUAACGUUGAUAAGAAAACCGGUGUCAUAACUGUCGCCUUAUGUGCGCAUCCUGGAACACCUCCAUGCUUAGAUUACGAAACCAAUACUAAAUAUUCUUUAACGUAUAAGGCAACUGACAACGAAGGUCACGGUUUUGAUGCAUUCGUACCAUUGCAAAUCGUUAUAUUAGAUAAUAACGACAACAAGCCGGUAUUUAAAUCAAAAAAUUAUACAGCUGUGAUAGACGAAGGAGCCACCAAAUUUGAACCAGCAUUUUUCGUCAAAGCUGAAGAUGCUGAUAAAACUGCUGGUAUUACGUAUUCUAUACUAGAUGAACACGUUAAGGGCCUCUUCGGUAUCGAUCAUAUUACCGGCGAAAUAAUAGUUUUAAGUGAUACUGGAAUUAUUCGUGAUCCGGAAUCUGAUACAAUUACUUUCACUGUAACCGCAAGUGACGGAGUAUUUUCGAGUCAAACUAUCGUUAAUGUUCAAAUAUUGGAUGUGAAUAAUAAUCAACCUGAAUUUUCUCCAAAAGUGUACAACGAGACGGUUUUGGAAGAUUCCAAAAUAGGUGAAGAAAUACUUCAAGUACAGGCUACCGAUGCUGAUUCCGGUUUAAAUGCAAAAUUAUCGUAUCAUAUCGAAAAAGGUUCUUUCAACGAUUUCGCAGUGGAUUCAGAAACCGGAAUUCUAAAAGUGGCUUCUAAAUUGGAUUACGAUCGAAGGAAUUUUUAUAAUAUAACUAUCACUGCGACCGAUAGCGGUACACCAAUGUUAACUGGCACUGCAAUGGUACAGAUUACGAUCCUGAACACGAACGAUAAAAAUCCUUACCUCAACCCACCGCUACAGAGAGCUGAAGUUCCAAAAGAUGCAAAAGUAGGAACUAUAUUUUACAAAAUUAUAGCCGCUGAUCCGGAUACCAAUGAUACAUCUGCACUCAAUUUUGAAUUCGCUGAACCUAUCAGUGCCGUAGAUAAAUCUGGAAAAGAGAUCUUCAAUGACGAUUCGUAUAAAGGAUUUUUCGAAAUCAAUAAAGAAACUGGAGAAGUUAUCGUGGUAGAAGAAUUACAAAGAGAUAUAGCUGUUCAUAUUACAUUAAGGGUCGUUGUUACCGAUACCAGUGCCAAUUACGAACAACAAGGCAAUGGAACACUGAUGGUAACGAUAUUAGAUGUCAACGACAUUCCUCCCACAUUUGAAAAGCCUUGGACGAAGGAAAAUCCUUAUUAUGUGACUCAAAUCCAAGAAGGAUUGCCUGCGAAUACGAUCUUAGGGACAUUCACCGCUAGAGAUAACGAUUCUGAUAUCGAUCAUUUCGCUAUCGAACCAGAAUCUGAAUAUUUCGAUGUGAACCGAACUACAGGUACAGUUUAUACGACGAAGGAAAUAGAUUACGAAAAAGUUCAAUCCAUAAACUUUACGUUACGAGCGUACGAUAUAGGCGAACCUCAGUUAUCUACAGCAGCUCACGUCAUUGUCACAGUUAUUAAUAUUAACGAUAUGGGUCCAGUUUUUGAUAAAUCCGAGUAUUUCGCUGCGAUCAAAGAAAAUUCACAGAAAGAUACGUUCGUCGUGAAAGUUUCUGCCACAGAUGGAGAUGCUGACGAUUUUGGUAGAAUAAAGUAUUCGUUCAAAGGAGAUUACGUGAGUGAUUUCGUGAUAAACGAACACACUGGGGAAAUUAGAGUUUCCAAUUCAGCUGCAUUAGAUCGAGAAACUGUCCCUGAAAUUACGUUAAAAGUUGAAGCCACUGAUUUAGCUCCGAAAGAAGAAUCAAAAUCUGUCGUUGUGCCGGUUCAUGUGAAAAUCGAAGAUGUCAAUGAUAAUGCGCCCAUACUUACUGAGCAUCAAUACUCAGCAAAUAUUGUUGAAACCAUACCUUAUGCGCCUGCAUCACCGAUAGUUCGAUUACACGCAGAAGAUAAGGAUGAAACUAGUCGUUUACGAUAUCAUAUUGUCAAUGGAAAUGACGAAGAGGCAUUUUAUAUGGAAUCGAAUACCGGAAUUUUGUACCCUAAACGUUCGUUAUUGGGUUUGAUAAAAUCCUUCAAACUUACAGUCGAAGUAACCGAUGGAAAAUUUUCGGAUAAAGCUCAAGUCGACGUGAAUGUUUUAGACGUAAACCAGAAUAAACCAUUCUUCAAAGAACCCUCCUCAGCCAAUGCUUCAGUAUUAAUUCCAGAAAAUGUCGAAGUUAAUCAUCUAGUCAUGAAAGUAUUCGCCGAAGACAAGGAUCCUGGUGAAAAUGGUCGUGUUACGUAUCAUUUCAAAGUUGGGAACAAUAAUACCCAAGCCACCGAUGAAUUCAGUAUCGAUGAAAAUACCGGCGAAUUGAGAACGUUAGUUAAUCUAGACCGAGAAAAAAGAGCAUAUUACGAGUUGAUAUUAGUUGCCAAAGAUCGCGGAACACAGACGACUUACGAAACAUCGCAAUAUUUGAAUAUUAUUCUCAAAGAUAUCGACGACAAUAAACCGAUGUUUUUGUCUAGCGAAGAUGGUACUUCCGAAUAUACAUUCACAGUAAAUGAAAAUAAUCCUCCCGAUUAUUUAAUGGGUAAAGUACAAGCAGAAGAUGCUGACGAAGGCGAUAACGCCAAAAUAUUCUAUUACAUAAUUAAGGGAAAUGAAGAAGGUAUGUUUAAACUGGAUCGUCGCGAUGGAUCUAUUUACGUCUUGGGUGUACUAGACAGAGAAAGAAACACCAGUCACGAAUUCUACAUCAAAGCGACUAAUAAUCCGAAUUAUAAUGCGGCUGCCAAUGAAAUAAUUGCCAAAGGAGAUCCUACCAUUGCUCAUGCGGUAAUCAUUGUCAAAGACGAGAAUGACAACGCUCCUUACUUCGAAAGAAAAGUCUACUAUGCUGGCAUCGAUGCUAAGGCUCCAAUGGGUGAAAGUAUAACUACGUUGAAAGCUAACGACACUGAUGAAGGUAUCAAUGGUGAACUUACAUACGAAAUUUGGGCAUCGUAUCUGUACAAGAGCGGCUCGAAUAAAUCAUCUGGAUCGGUUAUUCCUAGUCCUUUUGCUAUUAACUCGCAAGGCAAAAUAACAACGGCCGAUUUUGUCACCGAGUAUAAUCAAGAUAGAUUCGAAUUACGUGUUAUAGCUCGCGAAACUGCUCCACCGAACCGAGAAGCUACUGCUACUUUAAACAUUUGGGUAUACGAAUCUCAGCAACUUGCUCGUGUUAUACUAUCUAGGCCCCCGAAAGAAGUAGAAUCGAGAGUACAUAAAAUUGCUGCCCAGUUAUCGAACGCUACUGGAAACGUGGUAGUUGUGGACGCUCUGAGGUAUCAUGUCAAUUCAAUCGGGCAAACUCAACACGACUGGUGCGAUAUGUAUUUGCACAUGAUUAACAACGAAACCCAAACUAUUGUUACGAUUCCCGAAGUACUGAAAAUAAUCGACGCCAAAUACGAUUAUUUAAAAGACGAUUACGCCGGGUUUGCUAUUGAAAAUGUGCUGCCCGCUUACGUCGAAAAACCGAACGAACCGUUUGAGCCUGCUUUGGCAGCUUUAGUUGCAUUGGCCAUUGUGUUAUUUGUGGGAUGUACAAGCGUUUUAGUUUUAUGCUGUUGUUUUAGACACUGGAUUGUUAUGGAGCCAUUAGAUAUGAAAUGUGAUAUGUUAAUCAAAAAACCUAUUAUUGACGAUUUAAGUACCACUGAAAAUCCAUUAUGGAUCGAACAAAAACUGAAACUUUACGAAGAACAAGAAUUAACCAUGCAAGUGUUUUGCGAACCGGAGGCGAAUCGUUUACCUCCAACUUCUACUUUCGAUAGGCGUGGAAGCGAUGAAACAUCCGUGGUUGAUAAUACGUACGCCACGAUACAACAUCCUGCCAGACGUAACUCUGUAAAUACCAUGUUGUCGAUGGGACCUGGUGAUUAUGCCACCUUAGGUGGUUCAGUUUUGCCAUUAGAUAAAACCAGCUCUCACAGUCAACAAAUAAUUGAAGCUGCUUUAGGGUUCCAAGGGUGCACCUUCCAAGUACCCGAAGGUCCGACAGAUACCACCGAAUUAUUAAGAGCCAGAUCUGAAUUAAGAAUGAAUAAAGAAGGACAACCCGAGUUUGUAUCAGAGUUGAUGUAAAACUAUAAUAACAUGAUACCUAUUAGUAUCGAAAAAUUAGCUUGCUUAGCAUUAAUUAAAAAACUUUAUGUGAUGCUUAACUUACGAAACAUCACGUAAUUCAUCAUUAACGUCAACUUAUCGCGAAUUUUGAUAGUUUUUUUUUUUUUUUAAAUUACUUUAUUAAAGUAUUAAUCUAGGUAGUUAAAGAGUUGAAACUACAUUUACGUUAUCUCCGGUGAAAUUUUCAAUGUUAUGUUACUAGAAGUAAUUUUUUCUCAUGAACGAAAAAGGAAUCGUUAGCUGUGAUAAAAAUUUGUACGAAUUUUCCAUUCAUAUUAUUGCAGUUUGGUUGUGAAAUAUACCAAAAAAAUGAGUUCCAAAAACGAAUAAUUAGUCAAAAUGAUAAGUAUUAUAUUUUUUUAAAAAAUCAAAAUAUAAAAGACGUAUUUUUUAAAAAGGCUUUAAUAUGUGUCUAAUGUAUGAAUAAGCGUUUUAAUUGUAAAUGUCCUAACUUUUAAAGAGGGUUUGGUGAGAUGUAAUUUUAUUGCGCCAAUUCGAAAAUUUAAUUUCACCAUUUCCUUGUUCGGAUACGUUUUUCGUCCAUUACUAAAUAAUAUUAUUUUUGCUUUAAUUUGUUAAUUUUACAUGUUUAUCUAUACGUAUGUUGAACGUAAGAUUUCGAAUACUCAUUAUUGUUCAUUUUUUUUUAGAUGUUUGCAUUUAUGUAUUUUUUACGUUAUUAUUUUUAUUUGUUCAUUUAUUUAUGUUCCGGCCAUGUUUUUAAGAACAUUUUGUAUUAUCAUCGAAUAAGUAUUACUAAAACGAUUAAUGUUAAUUUAUAUUUUGCUCUUUGCAUUUUUUUUUUCAUUUUUAAUAAUUGUUUUAGGUAUACGCAACGAACGCUCUGUGUUAUUUUUUACUUUUUUAUUUUAGAUAAUAAAUUAUUUUAAUUUA